AUGGCAGAUCAUACUGGAAGUGCGAUGAAAGACUUCCAGACUAAUCUGGCCAGUUGUACCGAACUCGCCGCGUGCAAACGACCAUAUAUCCGGGCCACAAAGUGGAGAACCUGGCUGAAAAGCAAGGUCAGUGUCAAGGUGGAGGGUAAGAACUACGAGACAACCCAAGUCAGUCGACUACUAGACGUGGCAUAUCGACAUCUGGGGAAGCCGACCCACCCCAUCAACCGGGAUCAUAUAUGCCACCCACAGCAUGAAUGCCUGUUGAUCUUCAGCAUUCUCCUCGAACUCGGCCAGGGCAGCCUCAUUCAUCAAUUUUUGAGACGGGACUCGGUAGAUAAACAUCUUCCAUUCAAGUUAUAUGAGCUAAGAAAUCUGUUUCGAGACCUCGGAGUUACUGACCCCGAACAAGCAGCAGCGAAUUUUGACAAGCUGCAAUGGAAGUACUGCCCAGCCAAACUGGAUUUCCAUGGCACUCGGCAGUAUCCAGAGAACCGUAUUAUGCCUUUCUGUCGCAGGAAACGCAUCAAUCUCAAAGGUGGAACAGCACAAUUAUGGAAAAUUGCCGUGCUAGAGGAAUUCGUCGAAGAGAAGUUGAGAAAAGCUGUGGAAGACUCCAGAUUCGAUGACGGGGAUGGACUCGGUCCAAGAUACGAGUUUGCCCUCAAGUCCUUUGAAGACGGAAACAAACAAUUGUUUCUCAACGAGAAGGAGGCAUUUUUUGCCCUGAACAAACAAAGCGCAAUGGUCCAAUUCUUGGGCGCAUAUGGGCAUGAGGAGGCCGAGAUACCAUCUCAAAAUAAUCCGACAACAUAUGCCAACUCUUGCGAGGGGCGUGUUAGACCGACCCAUAACAUUAUACUCGAAUUUGGCGAAAACGACUUGGAGGAGUAUUUCGCGGGCACUGUUCCCCCGUAUCUCCAAGCCGAGUUGGAUGCGUUCUGGCGAGGGCUAUUUGUUGUUGCUGAAGCUGUUAAAAGCAUUCACAAUCUCACAAUUGAUACGGAUGGUCGAAAAGAAGAAUUUUCAGGCUGGCAUGCAGAUAUCAAGCCGGACAACAUCCUAUUGGUUCACGGCAAGUUCAAACUAGCCGAUCCAGGUUUCAUGAAGGUUGUGAGAAAAACGGGCAAGGAGCCUGUAGAGGCCUUGAGUGGCGGAACGGAGACUUUUGGCGCCCCGGAAAGGUGUCCUGGCUGGACAGGUACCCCAAGUAGGGUUCAUCAAACCAUAGAUACCUGGUCGCUUGGUUGUGUCUUCUCGAUCGCCGCUACUUGGGUAGUUCUUGGGUACCAAGGCAUCCGUCAGUACAAUAAGAUUCGGAAGAUGGCCAUAAAGAAGGUAGCAGUAGACCAUGAGUCAGCCAAGUCGCUAGCCAGCAGUCGUCAGCAUCAAAAGGCUUUUACUACUCACGGCGACCAUUUCCAUGAUGGCAGUGAAGUGUUAUCUGCAGUUCUGAACUGGCAUACCUUCCUCCGGAAUGCUGUACGGAAAAAUGAUGCUAUAACGUCACGAGUCCUUGACCUAGUAGAACAAAAGAUGCUCCUUGGCGAUGCAAAGUCUCGAAUCAAGGCAGCCCAAACCUGCGACGAGUUGGAACGGAUUUUAAAGGAAGCGGAAAGAGCGACACCUAUCCCUUCCACCCCCAAAUGGCAUACUUUUUAG